AUGCAGCAAUUCAAAACCUGGCGGCGUGCGUCUCAGCGCCAACCCCACGACCCGGUGCUCACGGCCGAAGAUGAAGAUUUCCUCCGGGGUAUCAUGACAGAUACCGGAAACCAUGAAACCGCACCCGCCCCUGCCGAUGCAAAUAGCCAGACGUCGCCUGUCUCGCCGCUUGGUGCGGAGGGCCUGGAGCCUCAGUCGCUGUCUCCUGUGUCGCCGGUCGAGGAAUAUGGGAGGGAGCUGGGGGAGGAGGAACGGAAGGCUAGGGAGGGGGCGGAGCGGUUGGGGACUACGGCUGGUGCUGGUGCGGAUGCUGGUGCUGCUCCUGAGGCUGCGAAAGUUGAGGGCAGUGGUACUUCGCCGCCGAAGAGGGGUCCGUGGAGUUGGUUGCGUAGACGGAGUACGGUUUUGAAGAAGGUGACUGCGAAGACCUCUGCUAAAACGGAUACCCCGGGCGAGGGGGCAUCGCAGCAGCAGACACCUGAUAAAGAAAAGGACGAGGCAGAGCAGGAGAAGGAGGACAUGACCGAGAUCCUCGAGCGACUGAACCUCGCGGCGGAGAACAACCGCGUGUUCUCGAUGAGUAACGACACGCGGGAGCUGUUGCGCAAAUUCACUUUGAUCUUCAAGGACCUCGUCAACGGCGUUCCGACCGCCUACCAUGACCUGGAGAUGCUGCUCACCAAUGGCAACAAGCAGCUGCAGAGCACUUACUCUAACCUCCCGGGGUUCAUACAGAAGCUGAUUGAGAAGCUCCCCGAGAAGUGGACUGAGACUCUAGCUCCGGAGGUCCUCGCUGCCGCCACCGCGAAAGCCAGUCAGAGCGGCCUGAAUGUCGAGAACGUGGGCAAGGCGGCCGCUGCGGCCAACAAGAUGGGCAUCAAGCUUCCUACCCUGAAGGAGCUUGUCGGCAAGCCAGCUGCACUGGUGGGCAUGUUGCGCUCCAUUGUGGCGUUUCUACGAGCUCGAUUCCCGGCUGUGCUGGGUCUCAAUGUGCUAUGGUCGUUGGCUUUGACCAUCCUUCUCUUUGUUCUCUGGUAUUGCCACAAACGCGGCCGCGAGGUACGGCUCGAGAACGAGCGUCUAGUGACAGAGGAGGAGAUUGGGAAGCUGAACGACGAUUCCACCGAUCACGACCGAAUCCGCAACACGGAGACACUGACCACCACAGCGCCGCAAGGAGCGUCCGUUACAGAAGUCCGUCAGGGCAUUGAGGAAGCACAACAAGCGCGGGAGACAACCAGCCCCGGCGCAGAGGACAAGCAGAAGAACCAGGAGAAUGAACACCCCGAGGAGUCGUUCUCGAAACCCAAACGGAGCAAGUCCAGGUUGUCUAUCUGGUCCCGGGCCGAGCAGAAACCGACCACGCCGAAGGUCGAACCAUAUCCUGGAACCUGA